UCUAAUAGGUAGCGCAAGUUAUCUCGAAAAAUCGGUUGUCUGGCAAGUUUUAGUGGGUGUUGCUGUUAAUUUAUUCAAAAACUCUAGUGAAAGUUCAAAUCCCAAAAAGCGAAGAAAAAAUGUUCAAACACCAAUACAAACGCCUCCAAAUGUACAGGAUUUGUUGCCACCUCCGUUAUCGGGAUAUGGAGAUACUAUUGUAGCCUCAAACCCCUUUGAUGAUUGCCCAAGUACAGUGAAUUCAAUAAAUGUCAGAAAUAGUGCUUCCAUGGGCAUGGGCCCUAAUAUGCCUAUGGGCGUCAAUAACAUGAAUAUGUGUAGACCUAUGGGUCCUGCGAUGGGAAUGGCGUCUCCAUUGAUGCAUAGCCCAAAUUCGCACCCCAAUCCUCAUAUGAUGAAUAAUCCGAUGAUGAUAAAUGGCCCUCGAUUGAAUGGUCCAAUGGCAAACCACAUGGGCCCCCACAUGAUGCACAGUCCAAAUGGUCCUAUGCAUUCUAUCACAGGUCCUAUGCAUAGUCCAAUUAAUAACAUGGGACCAGGAAUGCAGGGCCCCAUGACGGGAAAUGGACCAAUGAGCGGAAGUAUGGGAGGACCUGGGCCUAUAAAUAAUGGACCUCAAAUGAACGGCCCUAUGCCUGGUACAAUGAAUAUGAACAGCCCAAAUGGACCGAUAGGACCCCACCAUAAUAAUAAUUUUAUGAUGUCGCCUAUGAAUACUAUGUAUUCAAAACCUAUGCCUGUGAGCGCAGGCAAAGUAUAUCCUGCAGAUCAGCCAAUGGUAUUUAAUUCACAAAAUCCAAAUGCACCGCCUAUUUACCCCUGUGGAGUAUGUCACAAAGAAGUUCACGAUAAUGACCAAGCUAUUUUAUGUGAAAGUGGUUGUAAUUUUUGGUUCCACAGGGGUUGUACAGGUUUAACAGAAGCGGCUUUCCAGUUAUUAACAGCAGAAGUAUAUGCAGAAUGGGUUUGUGAUAAAUGUUUAGCAUCAAAAAAUAUACCACUAGUUAAAUUUAAACCAUAGUUGUAAAAUAUACCAAUACUUAAUAUUGUUACAUGUUAUUUAAAAGCCAUUAUUUGAUAAGAUAAUAAGACUGAAGAUAUUUAAAAAAAAUCACAUCACUUGUUUUAAGGCAAAUCAUAUAUUGUAGAAUCUCGUUGUAAUUUAAUAUAUUGUACAUAGUGUAUUAGAAUACAAUUUUGUAAGUGCAUGUAAAGGUCUUCUAGUAAGCAAGCCUACAACUAGUUUUAAUAUAUAUAUAAAUAUAUAUUUGUGUAUGUAUAAUUUUCAAUUGUAAUUUAAAUGUAUGAUACACACUAUUUUCUUUCUUUUUUUUUAUUUUGAAAAAAAGGGAUGAACACCAUGUCGUUCUCAUUAAUUAGGAACUUUAUGAGUGAAAAGACGGUCACGUUUUUGUAAUUUUUUUUUAAUGCUGUGACAAUGAUCGUAUUGUUGAGCCACAACAGUCAAGUGACGUCAGUAAUAGUUAUGUAUAUAUGACUAACAAGUAAGUUAAAUUUUGGUAAACAAUUAAAAAUAUUACUACAAUAAUUUUUUAGGAUCUUGGAGGUAUCAUUAUUGAAAUAUACAGCUAUGAAAUAAGUUUUGACUAGAAAAAUACGAUUGUUGAGUUUAUACAAGAUAUCUCAAAAGCAUUAUUUUAUUUAUUGUUGUUUCACUUUAAAUGUAUAAUUAUAAUAUAACAUGGUGCCUUA